AUGCAAGGUAUGGAGAAGAUCCGCACGGGAAACGGCACUUCGGGCACAAAAAGAAAACAACUCGCCAAACAACAUCACACUCCUCCACAUCAAACUCAAUUCGCGGACGCCCCUUUGUACAUAAUGACCAGAGGCGAUCAAAGAGAGAGGGCGAGAGCCAAGGCCCAAAAGAAGCAGGCUGACUUAAGCAAGGGAAAGGUCAAGGAUGGUGACUCUGCUGCCAAGCGUAAGGAGAGGGAUGCUGCCGCGAUGCGCGAGAAGCAGAAGGCUGCUGAAGAGAAGAGGCAGCAAGACGCCGGUGGCAAGUAG